AUGUGGACUUACCGAGCAAGUCGAGCAGCAGCAAGAAGGCGACUGUCGACAUUGCGAUCCACCCAAAAAGCAGCACCUUGUGCCUUGCGUUCUGUUCUUUGGGCUCCAACAGAAAAAAAUGCGCCAUCGGAUGCUGCAGUGUCCAGUCACCAGUUACUGUUGCGUGCUGGGUUUGUGCGCAAAUGCGGUCAUGGGCUAUUCACGCUGUUGCCAUUAGGUUGUCGCGUCGUUGCUAAGCUCGAAGCAAUGAUAGAUGAUGAGAUGCAAAAGAUUGGUGGCAAUCGUGUUGACCUGACCAUUCUGACGCCAAAAGAGCUGUGGAAGCAAUCGGGCCGUUGGCAGAAUCGUGGCCAGGAGCUUAUGACGCUUAACGAUAGACGUAACGAUCAACUUGUAUUAGGACCGACACAUGAAGAAAGUAUUACGAGUCUUGUGGCCGCCUACUAUAAGAAUGUAGGACUAUCACACGCGUCUCUGAGGCUGUACCAGAUCGGCCGCAAAUUUCGUGAUGAGAUUCGACCAAGAUUCGGCCUGUUGCGAGCAAGAGAAUUCGUAAUGAAGGACAUGUACUCGUUUGAUACGUCGUUUGACGGUGCACUGCAGACGUACCAGGCUGUCACGACUGCGUAUAAAAAUAUAUUAAUUUCGAGACUUAAGCUAUCGGCUAAAUGCGUGGAGGCAGAUUCCGGAAAUAUCGGCGGUAAUCUCUCGCACGAGUUCCACGUGCUAGCAGAUGUGGGUGAAGAUGCGAUUCUGUCCUGCUCGUCGACAGGCUGUGAUUAUGCAGCUAAUGUGGAGAAGGCAGAGGGAAUUAUGCCAGUGUCGAGCGAAGAAUUGAUAGGGCGGAGUGAUGAAGUCUCAGCGGAGCUUAGCGACGUCAUUGCGCGGCUCGACAACAAGGUUCGCGCGGGAGAAAAGGACUUGUGGACAGUUGUGAUGGAGCUUCAAGAGAUUGCAGGAUCCCGAGGAUUUUCCGUCAAAUUACUACAAGAACAGGCACAAGUCCAUGAUAGUGUGACUAGUCGUAAUGAAAGAAGCAAGAAUAACUCGAUACCUCGUACUGCACUUUGCUUCGUUCGACACGAUCGUGAAGUCAAUGGUCUAGCAGCAAAGCCCUUUUUUGGCGGUGAUGCAGUCAAAGUGAUUGAGGACAAAGCAGCGAUAGCUAAGCUGCUGUUGAACCAUGAUCCGACUUCGGAGCUGUAUCUGCUCUUGGAUGAUUCCUUAAAGCUGAUUACGCAUGCCUCUGUUGCCGUGAAAGCUCUAUAUGCCACUGCAGAGUCGCUUUCAAUGCGGCAAAAACACACGCACGUUAUUCAUGGUCACUUCCGGCUGGCAAAAGCUGGUGAUCGUUGCCCACGUUGCAAAGGCGGCGAAACUUCAGUGCUUGAAGAAAAACGCGGUAUUGAGGUUGGUCACGUGUUUUACCUCGGACAGAAAUACUCGCAAGCAUUUGGUGCCACGUACAGGGAUGCUAAAAAAAACAAGUACCCGUUUGAAAUGGGCUGCUUUGGCCUUGGAAUAAGCCGAUUGGUAGCUGCGGCGGUCGAGGCAUCGCAUGAUAAAUUUGGAAUCGUUUGGCCUACGGAAAUCGCGCCGUACAAAGUUAUUGUUUUGUCCAUCGGUGGAACGAAGUAUGACGAUCCCGAAUAUAUAACUGCAUGGGAUAUUGCUGGCAAGCUGGCAUCGGGCAAAGUCCCAGGUUUCGUAAAGGACGAUGUGCUCUUCGAUGAUCGCUUGCGAGAAAGCCCGGGUUCGAGGCUUGUGGAGUCAGAGCUGAUUGGUUACCCAUACCGUGUUGUCGUGGGCAAACACUUUACGAAGGAGGGUCUUGUUGAGAUUCAAAUCCGAGCUACCAUGGAGAAGAUUUACCGGAAGCCUGAUAAAGUUUUAGCGUUUUUUGCAGGUCUCGCAGACAUGUAG